AUCGCCAUGGAAGGGUCCGGGCGUCAUAGAGAAGAAAAUUUCGGCCUAUGUGUAUAGAGUUAAAUUGAAGAACUCUGUGUUUGUGACCAAUCAUGAUAGGCUGAAGCCUUGUAGAGAUCGAAAUUUACCAACAUGGGUAAAGAAAUGGAAGGCAGAGCCGGAAGGGGUAGCAGAUGAUGAUGAAGAUGACACAAAAUUACAUUGUAGCUGUAGAAAACCUUGGCAAGGGCGGUUCAUGAUAAUGUGUGAUGACUGUGAGGUGUGGUAUCAUGGGUCCUGUGUCAAUAUUACCCCAACAGAAGCAUUAGAAAUUGAUAAGUAUAAAUGUAGGGCGUGCGGGAAGGGAGGCCAGUAAAUUCUGUAUAAGGGUCGCAUUCGUAAUGUGAUUCAUUUGAUAUGAUAUUUUUCAGUAAUGGUCACAUUCGUAAUGUGACUGAUAGGUUAUGAUAUUUUUUGUUUCAGGAAUGGAGGGAAGCGAUUUUUACGAUAGGUUAGUGGAGGAGACUAGGCAGGGUGGCUUGAUGCCGUGCAGGGAUCUUGUGAGGAGGCUGAUGCUGUGCAUCAGGAGGAGCUCUUUGGAGAUGAGGACGGUGCUGGCUGGUCAGGUUGAUAUAGCCCGACGGAGGGGGAAUAACCAGUGGCUGAGGACAGUGGCGAGGGACGCAGAGGACUACCAACUAGCCAGUCGGGCAUGGAUAGAUCGAACAAUCUGGGUCGUACGUAGGCGUGAGCCAGAGUCAUCCGAGUCAAAGAACUGCACUAGUGAUAUAAGGUUGAAAACCGUGCCAAGCAUAGAGAGGGUGAUAGAAAAUGCAGCGAGUGCACCUCCUCCACCAGAAAGGUCACCAUCAGACGUCCUGAUGAAGGACUUGCAAGAAUUGAUAGACUGGAACCCCACGCUCGAUUACGAGGAUGUCCAGCUAGAGGCGGAUCCAAUCCCUGUUGUACAGGCGGUUGGAGGUCCAUCAGGGGAGACUCCUGCUCGUAGCAGGAUGGAUACCGAGAACGUGAGCCAGAGGCAGCCAGAGCACGAGGUGUGUAGGAAAAGGGUGACCUUCCAGCUUCCUGUGGCGGAUGAUGGAAGUAAGGGUGAGGUUGCUUGUAGCAAUCUACCUACCAGUCAUACCUCAGAGUCAAAACAGCAGGUAGAAGUAACCAGGAGUGGGCCAGUGAUGGAGACCUCAAGGGGAGCGAUUGCUAGUUCUGCUACGUCUGCAACCACUACUGCUUGUAGCAGUAAGUCACGGAAGUUAUGCCCAAUAUCCUGGUGCUCCAAGGAGUAUGUAUACCCCAAGGCUCACGCUUUUAACUUUCACUACCCUACCAAGAUAGACAUUCAAGCAGGCGGGAGGAAGGCGACUAGGGACAGGACUGAAGCAUUGGAGUAUCUAGCCACCAGAAUUGUUGGGCCAGGAGCAUCUCCAGCUGACUUGAUGGAGCGUUUGAACCAGCUAGAGGUCACCAGGCGACAUGAGAAGAAGCAGAUCGAUGACUGGACGAGGAGGGUAGUGAGGGAUGUAUCGAGGGAACUGGGGCUUGUAGUCCCAGAAACCUUAUCGCUGUUCCCAUUGAACUCACCAGUUCUGGUGUUCCACUGGGUGGUGUUGAUGGAGGUCCUCCAGCUCCUAGAUCAGAGGGAGCAUAAUCUGUUCAUGCGGUUAUUUGCCUCUGCUAAUAGGAGGACAGAGCUGAGGCAGCGGCUGCCACAAGAAGAGUCUUUGGCACCGGAGAGAGGGGAGGAGGCUAUGAGGGAAGUAGAGCAUGCGAUGCCCGAAAGAGAAGAAUCUGGCAGAAUGGAGGGUGUUGUCGAUCUGGAGGUCACGCGCGGAGCUCAGUCUGGCAAUCGUAUUGUGAGACUGUGUUCAGCCCAGAGGGUGGAGCCAGUGUGUCGUGAAGAAAGUCCCUGUCGUACAGAGGCAGACACAGGCGGAGAAUCAUCGCAGGGGAUAGAAGUUGCCCUCGAGGGAACCAUCUCCGAGUCAGAGGCCAUGGAUGUUGAGGUAGCAGGAGUGGCCGAAUGUGUAGAGCAGGCAGGGAGUUCUGCGGAAGGGGGAGAAGAGGGUCUCAGUUGUACUGAGCCCAUAGCUAGGGAUAAUACAGAGAUGGCAGACGGAAUGAAGGGUGCUUUUGAUAGCCACUUUCACAUUGAUAGGCUGGGAAGGGAGCUAAGGCUAGCAACAUACAACCUUAGGGAGUUGCAGGGGUCUGCUCAAUCGAUGGAUCAGAGCAAUUGCGUCCAUCUCUGUGGUGCAGUGGCGAAUUUUUGCGACCCAAUCACCUACCCUUCGCUGGAAGAUGUCAACUUCCUAAAAAGCCAGGGGAUAGUGACCACUGUAGGUUUACAUCCAAGGCACGCAGCGGGGGUGAGGCCAGCAACAGUCGAUAAACUACAGGAGAUGCUGCAGUGGCCAGAAGUUGUAGGUUUGGGAGAGAUUGGACUGGAUCACACGGCUCCUAUGGAAGAGUGGGCAGUCCAAAGGGAUGUUCUGGCAACAGCGUUGGGCCUGUUGGAGCCACGUCAUGUGCUUGUGCUGCACUGCAGAGGACGGCAUGAAGCAGAGUUUUCGGAGCUCCUCGCAUCCCUCUUUUAUCAGUGUGUGGGAGUUGUGCCAAGGGAGCAGAAGAUCCAUCUGCACUGUUUCCAAGGCUUAAAGGAGGAUGUGAAGCGAUGGACUGAACAUUUCGUAAAUGUUCACUUUGGGUUUACCAAUCUCGUCGCAAGGAGGAGGUUUACCACGGGACAUGUUGAAGCCUUGCGAAGUGUGGAGUCCUCCAGGUUACUGCUUGAAACCGAUGCCCCAUACUUUGCACCUCCAGGGUACAGUAUCUCCGCACCCUGGUUCAUUGGUAUGACAGCGGCAGCAGUGGCGAGAUUGUUGAACGAAGAGGUGGAGCGGGUCCUUGCUGUUACCACUAGGAAUGGGGUGAACCUUUACAGUCAGUAG